AUGAAUGAUAAUGAGUAUGGAGAUGUAUAUUAUGGUGAAUAUACCGAUGAUGAAGAUUCAUUUGAUAAAAUGAUUGAAAAAUUUAUAAAUGACAAUAAAGAUCUUCCUAUGGAUAUAUUGGGAAUGGAAACAUAUGUUUUAAAUAUUCUUGAAAAUGAGUCAGAACAAUCAAAGUUUUCAUACAAAUUAUAUAAAGAAAUAUUAAAACAACAUUCAAAACUUAAACCAAGUGAAUAA